ACCGAAGAUCAAGUGUGCUUGUGACCGCUGCUGCUGUUUGAAGACUGCGCCUGCGGAGCUUUUGGUGUACACUGUGGUCCGUGAAGCCUGCUGCCCGGAAUGGCUGGGACUGAGCAGCAAGACGAUCGUGGUGGAGGAGAUAAUCGGCGCAGUGAAGACCGGAGGGACGAGGAGCGAAGGGAUGACGAUCGUAGGCGUUACCGAGCACCUACGUGCUAUAACUGCCAUGAACCAGGGCAUUAUGCUAAUCAAUGCCCUGAACGGAAUCGUUGCCGUCAUUAUAUCGACAAGCCAUCCACGUCCAGCGACUCACGAGGCGGACGCUCUCCACGCAGGAGGGACUAUCGACGGAGGGAGGACUCACCACCGCCUGGCAGCGAGAAGAUGUUGAGUACUGUAGCUGAGCUCGGUAAAUCCGUAGCAGCAAUGAAGGACUUCUAUGACGAGGUAAAGAGAAAGGAGGACAAGGCACACAAAAAGCUCGAAUUGAAGGAGGCUGAGGAGCGGGAGAAAGCUGAACAGGAGUUGGCGGAACGAAAGGCUAGGAAGAAGAUGGAGAAGGCUAGACGGGAAGCGCAACUGGAGGCUGAGCGAAGGGCUGAGCUUCGGAAGGAUAAUGAUAUCCACCUACCGAUCCGGUUGAGUGAGAUGGAGGAGAACUUCUCCGCCAAGAUGAAGUGCGACGUGAAGGCCAAGAAGGUGGUGGAGUUGGUCUCCGACGACGACGAGGAAUCAGACUAUAACACCGAGGAGAGCGAGACAAGUGUUACUCUGGAACUGAGUGAGAAGACAUAUAGAUUAUGUCUAUCCGAGAAGAGGAAGUGUAAGGAUGACGUGAAGAUGGAGGACAGUCCCCCGAUGGAGUUACCGGCUAAACGGACACCGCGUAGAGUUGGCCUCAAGCCAGUGAUUCCGAAUGCGCAGUUAACCCAAUCGAAGAGUAAGGCAAAGGGCCUAUACACAUUGAUUCCAACGAAGACUCGCACACCAGUGAAGACCCCCUUAUCAAGACUGAACAAGUCUAGGAAGACUCCGCUAAGUGGGAGAUUGACCUCGGCCAGGCGCUGGCACGACUGAAGUUCCGCGAUCCUAUCAUCAAGGAAAUCAAGGGUUGUAACGCUG